CGGUGAUCAGCAAUGGUGUUUUAAACGCCCCUGCGGCGUAUUUACUCGAAUUACAGCCGUUUAUUCUUCAUAUUUAUUUAAUUUAACGUUUGACUGACAAAACCGAAUCAGAGGUGCCGGUACCGGUUCGUUUUUCCGUUAAAAUGCCGAGCAAAAAGAAGAAAUAUAACGCCAGAUUCCCUCCGGCCAGAAUUAAGAAGAUUAUGCAGACAGAUGAAGAAAUCGGUAAAGUCGCCGCUGCAGUUCCUGUCAUCAUCUCGCGGGCACUGGAGCUCUUCCUGGAGUCUCUCCUGACGAAGGCCUGUCACGUCACCCAAUCGCGCAACGCCAAAACCAUGACAACAUCACACUUAAAGCAAUGCAUUGAACUGGAGCAGCAGUUCGAUUUCCUGAAGGAUCUGGUCGCCGCGGUGCCCGACAUGCAGGGUGACGGCGAGGAGAACCACACAGAGGCCAGCGAGAAGAUCCCACGCAGAGGUCGUAAGCCAGGUUCAGGGCGCAAGAAUGGAGGCGUUGGAGCAAAGGGCAAAGACAAGAAACUCUCAGGCACCGAGUCAGAACAAGAGGAUGAUUCGGAGGACAGUGAGACCGAUGGAGAAGACGACGAGGACGUGUCUCAAUCCAGCACAAACAUGCAGCCGGCUGCAUACUACCACAGUCAAGACGUGCCACCCCAGUACAUGCCCACGAGCGGGCAGCCCGUGAUGCCCGUGACUUCAUUCGCCCCGCACCCGUCACUGAUGGGAAUAACCCCGCCUCCCCCCGCGCCCAUGCCGCAGAAGAACGAAGACGACGAUGAAGACUACGACUCUUAGCUCCCCGACUCUUUUUACAUUCACGUUUGUAAAGUUCUUCUUUGGCUGCGACACGUAAGACGGACAAACGGACAGUGGUAGAGACGUUUGUAGGAGUCACGCAGACGCGUCACAGGAAGAUGAAUAGGUUCUGUACUCGCAGUUUUAAGUUUUUUUUAAAUCUUAUUUUAUUGUCGAUGAUCAGUUACGGUUGUUUUACGUGAACGGGAGGUCGCGGUUAGUUUAGUUUUUGGGCACCUCAGUAGCAAGAACAUGAUGUUGUGUAGAUUGAUCCUGUACAUUUCUGCACUUUCCUUAGUUUCGCCCACGUCAUGUUUCUUUAAUGUCAUAUACUCUCAUACAGAAAACACAAUAGGAAACUAUGAGUCAUUUAUUUAGCAGAAACCGCUUCAGGUCCGUCGUUCGGGGCUCUGUUGGUUUGUGAGUGAAAGGGAACAGCAUAUGUUUGUGCGUUUAUAUUUUUAAUGCUAGUUUUAUAUGAUUAAAGUGUGCAGGACUCAGUUAACAUGUCUAAAGCUAACGUCUCUCGAUCGGCAGUUUUAUAACUCUAGUUUCACUCUUCUGUUGUUGGAUGAAAAGGUUUUGAUUUAUUGGACGUAACAUUUUAACGUUUGAGUCGUUCUCCCCUGUAAGAUGCACAUUUGUUGGAAUGAUUUCCCUUUUGUAUUAUAUGUUUUAGACUCUUUUAAUGUUCGCUUCCUCUGAGACUGCCUGUUCACUUUUAACCUUCUCUUCAUUUUGUAUGAGUGAAAUAAAAUUUGAGCUUCAGUAUUUUGCUGCUUUUAAUGAGAUUUGUCUCAAACGAGCUCCACAUAAAACCGGACUUCAGAGGUAAUCGUGAGAGUGGAGUUGUCCGCUGAUCUUACAUCGAGUCGUGACCCGGUUCUAAAGUGUGUAUUGUACUGAAGUAAUCCAAAUCACGAGUCUGAUUCAUGAGUCAGUUACAGUAAAUGCUGCUGUUCAACACCGGCAGGUUUUUAUUAUUUAGUGCACUUUUAUAUAUUCAUAUUUAAUACUCAAACUGUAUAUUUAAAUGUGUAGUUAGUCCCUAUGACGACUUUAAGCUGACUAUUAAAAGGAGAAUCUGUUUACUGCAUGAUCUCUUAGGUUUCAUAAUGCUCAAUUUCAGCAAAUAAAAACAUUUAUACUUAUAAUAAUAAUCAUUAAAAAAAAAUAACAUUUUCUGUAAAGAUUAAGGAAAUGCAUAAAAAUGUAAACAAUGCAAAACAUCUUAAAUGUUCAGUGUGGAUUUGUCACACACUCACACACACUCAUACACACACACACACACACACUCAUACAUAUUAACACACACUUACACAUUAACACACUCAUACACACACACACACACACACACACACACUCAUACAUAUUAACACACUCUUACACAUUAACACACUCAUACACACACACACACACUCAUACACACACACACUCAUACACAUUAACACUCUCUCUCACACACACACUCAUACAUAUUAACACAAUCUUACACAUUAACACACUCAUA